AUGCAUCUUCAUCCCCUGUCCUUCAUUUUCCUCCUCCUCCUGGUUGCCGGGGCAGCCGCACUGCAUGGUUUCCGAGGCUGCGCGGUGCGAGAGUUCUCUUUUGUGGCCCAGAAGCCUGGCUGCAAGGGACUGCACAUCACCACAGAGGCCUGCUGGGGGCGUUGUCAAACCUGGGAGAAACCUGUGCCAGAUCCCCCCUACAUCCAGCGACACCACCGCGUGUGUACGUACAAUCGUUCCCGCCACAUGACCGCCCGCCUGCCGGGCUGCCAGCCCAACGUCUCCCCUCUCUACCACUACCCCAUGGCUCUGCACUGCCACUGUGCCGUCUGCUCCACACAGGACACAGAGUGUGAGACCUUCUAA